UGAUUUCCCUUCAGUUUAAACAUUGAAAAGGGAAUUCAAAAGAAGGGCAGGUCGAAAGAACCCAAAGUUUCGUUGACGUUAAAAGUGAUAAGAUCACGUCACGGCUGUCAGCUGUCUGAAGGGGCGUUUGCCUUGUUGCGUUUCCCGAAGUGUUCUUUUGGCGCUGUGCAGGGCUUGCCUCUGCUGCUACCCUCUGUUUUUCUUUUUUUUGCAGAGUCAAGUAUUUGCAUGACACAUACGGGUCUGGUCGUUGGACAUGGCCUUGAGGGUCUACCACGGUUCUUGUUGAUAUUAUGUAGUUGUUUUUUCUUGCCUUUUUCAUUUAUGUAUCUGCUGUAGCAAGUGCCUUUGGAAUAUCUUGUGCCGAAAGAAUUAUACAAAUACUUUUUCGAGUCGUUUAGUUUUUGUCUAGAGUGAAAUUGCUCUAUCUCGCAAACUCUGCUCAAUCUCUCUAGUGUUGCCUUGAUUUUACUUUAUACAUCUAUCGUCCAAUAUGCCAACUGCAAUGCCCGCACCCACACCUACUGCUGAACGUGGAGAUGAACGAGGUAGAGAGCCCAUGACUGUAUCGCCCGAACCAUCCAUUCGCUCCCGCUCUCCAUCCCUUCCCCCCGGAAGCCACUACAUUGGAAUAGACUUGGGAACAACUCUCCUCCGUCUGUGUGCCUACCAUCCAGAUCUCCAAACCGUCCGCUUUGUCCCCAACGAGCGAGACAAACGCAAGACGCCCUGCUUUGUUGCUUUCCCCGACGACAUUGAACUCGUUGAAUCGGGACGCAAGGCUUGUGAUCCUGUUGUUGGUGAGGAGGCUCAGAGGUGGUUAUUCAAGUAUCCAAAGGCGACUGUCUUUUCUUGGGCUCAGCUGGUGGGACUCAAGUUUGAUGAUGAGCGGGUGGCAUUUUAUCAGAGGUAUGCGCCUUAUCGGUUGGUCAAGGACAAGUACGCGAGGGUAUGCGUCGAAAUCGAGCACGACGGCCGGCAGAAGCACUACAGGCCCGAAGACCUCACCGCUAUCCUUCUUACCUAUGCAAGGCAAAACGCCGAACAAGCCCUCCGCCACCCCAUCACCGGCUCGGUCAUUACCGUCCCAGCAGGAUACACCCUCCUACAACGAGACGCAACAAAAGAAGCAGCCCGCCAAGCCGGGUUCCAACAUGCCCGUCUUAUUAGCAACGCAGCAGCCGCUGCCAUUGCAUUUGGAUUCGACCGGCCUGCUCAUCCCACUUCUGUGACUGAAUAUGUUUUAUCAUUCAACCUCGGUGCCGCUCAUAUUGAUUGUGCUGUUGUCGGGAUUGAUGAAGAAGUGUUUGAAGUGCUGGCUUCUGCUGGAGAUGUGGGAUUUGGUGCCGCAGAUGUGGAUGUGAGGCUUUUGAUGCAUUUUGUGCAGGAUCUUUCAAAGCAAUCGAAUAGGAAACUUACUAGUUUGGACUUGCUCUCUCUCCGCUUUGGUGCAGAGAAAAUCAAAAAAGCCUUGUCUACCGCUGAUAGUAUUUCGCAUACCAUCCAGCUUUCCUCUGGAGCGUAUGCAAUGACCAUGACACGCGAGCUCCUAGAGACACUUUGCGCAGAUUUCUUUGAUCGGUGCCUCGUCCCCAUUCAACAGGUACUCGUGGAAGCCAAAAUGGACAUUACGAAAAUAAGCAAAGUAGUGCUCUCUGGCGGUGGAUCGCAUUUUCCAAAACUUCGAGAUCGCAUCUCAAGCCUCUUUCCGGGAAAUCAUAUUUAUGAUUUCGCACUUAUUGAUAAGCACAAGGCAGUAGGUUACGGCGCAGGCAUUGAAUCGGCUUUACUGUCUGGCAUGCGGAGUCCGAAUAUUACAAACUAUCUGCUAAUAGACUCCCUGUCCUUCUCACUCGGUAUCCUCGACACGACCACAAACACCAUCAAAACUCUCUUAAAAAGAAACACAGCCCUGCCAGCCCAAACAACCGUGACACUCCGUCCCAUCCCGCCUACCACUCCGCCAACCUCUACACCUCCUGCACCCAUCGCAGUCAUCAAACUCUACGAAGGCGACACGACGGAUCCUAAAACGUGUCACCUCCUCGCAACACUCUCUACACCCAUCCCAACCCAAGACAAACACAUCACACUCUCCAUUGACGUCGACGUGGACAGAACUGUCCUCGUCACACUCGUCAGCGAUGAAACUGAAAAAAAUGUUCGCGUGACGGAUUAUCCGAUGCCUGUUUUUGAUGUUUCGGAGGACUGGGAGCGCGGGGUUGGUGUGACCGUUGUCGGAGCUGGUGAGAGGAAGGGACAGGCGGGUGGUGAGGUAGAGGGAAUGGAGAUUCAGGAUUAAGGUCAUUUUGAUUUGUGUAAGGUGCUUUUGCAUGAGAUUUCUUUAUAUGAUGCCGUGAAUCCAGUCAGACCAGCAC